UUUCACUGUCAUAUCUAUGAUUGUAUGUAGAUUUUGACAUAUGUUUAUGAAUGUUGAACACAAUCGAGCGUAAAAUAAAUCUUGAUGAAGUGAGAUAAUUAAAUAAUCAGUAUGAAAUGCAUAUUAUAAAUUAUGACAUUGAUGGAGAUUAAAGAUGCUCUUGCAUUAACAGCUUCAAUUUUUACGGUUUUACAAUUUCUGGCCGGCGUCUUAGUGUGCAAGAAAUAUAUUAGAAAUGGUACAACCGGAGAUAGCUCAUGUUUGGCCUUUAUAACAUGUUUUAUGUCUUGUAGCUUAUGGUUGCGAUAUGGAGUACUUAUUGGAGAUUUGUUUAUUGUAUCUGUAAAUAUUUUUGGGACAGUAUUACAAAUAUGCUAUAUGAUAAUUUACAUCAUGUACAGUGUAAAAGGAUCGACUACUAUUAAGCAGUUUAUGGUAGCAAUAUGUUUUGUUUUACUUAUAUAUCUCUACAGUAUUUAUCAAGAGGAUAAAGUUUUGGCUGCAAAACAUGUAGGAUUCCUUAGUUGCAGUCUGACGGUAUUAUUUUUUGCAUCACCAUUGAUUUCACUCGUACAUGUAAUAAGAGUAAAAAGUACAGAGAGUUUGCCAUUUCCAGUCAUAAUGGCUUCUAUGAUAGUGUCCUGUCAAUGGUUUGCAUACGGAUGUCUACUUGGUGAUCAAUUUAUACAAAUACCAAAUUUUAUGGGCUGUGUAUUGUCAGGAUUUCAACUUUCUUUGUUUUUGAUUUAUCCAAGUAAACGAACAUUAGAUCAAGCCUAUUUUAUAUGAAAAAAUUUAGUUUUUACAAUAGUUUCUAUAAUGUUCUAUAAUUUUUAUUAUACUUUGAAAAUUAAUAAUAUUAAUAUUAUAAUGCUAUGUAAAAAUAUUAUUAGUUAUAAGUGAAUAACUUUUCUUAUAUAAGGUUGUAUGCACAUUUAUUUUAUUUUAUUGCAAGUUCAUUAUA